AUGCCAUAUUAUCGAUUAAAGGAUCUGAUAAAGGCCAUACGUGCUUGCAAAACAGCGGCUGACGAACGAGCCGUUAUACAAAAAGAAUCAGCUGCCAUUCGUACCAGUUUCAAGGAAGAAAAUAACGAUGCGCGACAUGCCAACGUAGCAAAACUUCUUUACAUACAUAUGUUGGGGUAUCCGGCGCAUUUUGGGCAAAUUGAGUGUUUGAAACUGGUUGCAUCGAAUCGAUUUGCCGAUAAACGACUGGGAUAUUUGGGAAUUAUGCUUCUUUUAGAUGAAAAUCAAGAGGUUUUGACGUUGGUGACUAAUUCGUUAAAAAACGAUAUGAAUCAUUCAAAUAUGUAUAUCGUGGGAUUGGCACUGUGUACUUUGGGUAACAUUUCAUCUCCUGAAAUGGCACGUGAUUUAUGCGCAGAGGUGGAAAAGUUACUUGGCAGCACGAACACAUACAUCCGUAAAAAGGCAGCUUUAUGUGCUAUGCGCAUCAUCAGAAAAGUUCCUGAACUUCAAGAGAAUUUCUUGAGUCGUGCAAAGUCUCUAUUGAAUGAUAGAAAUCACGGUGUCCUGCUCACGGGUACGACUUUUAUUACGGAAUUAUGUCAUCAGAGUCCUGAGGCUUUACAGACCUUCCGUAAAGCUGUUCCUUUACUAGUUCGACACUUGAAGUCUUUAGUGACUUCAGGAUAUUCACCGGAACAUGAUGUGACCGGUGUGACAGAUCCCUUUCUUCAAGUCAAGAUAUUAAGACUUUUACGAAUUUUAGGGAAGGGAGAUUCAGAAGCCAGUGAAGCAAUGAAUGAUAUUCUUGCUCAGGUUGCAACAAGCACCGAAUCAUCCAAAAAUGUGGGGAACUCUAUCUUGUAUGAAACAGUACAAACCGUCAUGGAGAUACAGUCAGAAACCGGGUUACGUGUAUUAGCAAUCAACAUUCUCGGCAAAUUUCUCACAAAUCGAGAUAACAACAUCAGAUAUGUUGCACUCACAACCUUGAAUAAGACAGUGUCCGUUAACGCUACUCCGGUACAACGACACCGUAAUAUUAUCCUAGACUGUUUGCGAGACGGCGAUAUUUCAAUUAGAAGACGGGCACUAGAACUCGCGUUCGCAUUAAUUAAUGAGUCAAAUGUUCGUGUGAUGACUAGAGAAUUGUUGGCAUUUUUGGAGGUGGCUGAUAAUGAAUUCAAGCAAGGAAUGACUACGAAAAUAUGUUUGGCUGCUGACCGAUUUGCACCUAAUAAGCGAUGGCACAUCGACACAGUGUUACGUGUGUUGAAAUUGGCUGGAAAUUAUGUACGCGAAGAAAUAUUAUCAAAUUUCAUUCGAUUAGUAGUGCUGACUACCGAGUUAAAUGCAUACACAGUGCAAAAGCUAUAUUCUGCUUUAAAGGCUGAUAUUUCUCAGGAAUCACUUACUCUGGCGGGGAUAUGGGUAAUAGGCGAAUAUGGUGAUGUUUUGUUGAAAGGCGGUAGUUUCGAGGAAGAAGAAAUUGUGAGAGAGGUAACCGAAUCUGAGGUCGUUGAUCUAAUGGAAUCGAUCUUGGCCGGACCCUACGCAAAUCAAGUGACGCGCGAAUUCGUGCUCACCGCUCUUAUGAAAUUAACAGGACGGUUCACGAAUUCAGUAGUAAUACAGCGUAUACAGGCCAUCCUCGAGAAAUUCAGCACGAGCAUCGAAGUUGAGAUACAGCAACGCGCAGUCGAGUAUAGUAAUCUGUUCAAGUUUGAGUCUAUUCGACCGGCUAUUCUCGAGAGGAUGCCGGCACCGGAAAUUAAAGACGAGACGAAUACGAAUCGUCCAACCGACGAUGUUGCUGCUACCGGGAGUGUUAGAACUAACGACGCUGGAAGCCUUUUGGAUCUGGUUGGUGAUGGUCCAUCAAAUUCAGGAAAGGCUGUCGAAGCUAAAAAAACUGUCGAUAUAUUAGAGGAUAUUUUUGGCAAUGUUGCUCCUACUACUACACAAGCAAAUACUGCGUCUACCAUAUCUUCUAAAAAAGAUGAUAUAAUGAGCUUAUUUGAUAUACCAAACAGCAAAACUACUGCUGCCGCGGGUAAUAAAGCUACAACAGUCCUAGGCGCCGAGCCAGUUAAUCCCACGAAUAGUCUUGGGCUUUUGGACUUAGGACUAAGUAGCACCACUACCACCACAACCGCGCCAAUACCGCCACAAUCAAAUUUGUUUCCUCAACCUCUUCCUGCACAAAGACCGGCAACAUCCGGUAGCACCACUACCACAGCCACGCCAAUACCGACACAAUCAAAUUUGUCGCCUCAAUCUCUUCCUGCACAAAGACCGGCAACAUCCGGUCUUGAUUUCGCUUUACAAACGCCUGCUGCACAAAGUUACACUGCUUAUGAUAAAGACGGCUUUAAGAUUACGCUUGAUCCCUCAAGAGACGCGAAUAGCCCUAACGUUCUUAAUAUUAUGGUGACCUUCCAUAAUGUCGCGGUUGGUAGCCAAGUACAAAACUUAUUGUUCCAAGCUGCGGUUCACAAGAGUCAAAAAUUACAAAUGCAAACUCCUUCAUCAACAAAUAUUGCACCUGGUUCAACUGCCACGCAGCUUAUUCGAACAAAUGUUCGAUUAAGACUUCGAAUAGUCUAUGAAACGUCAGCUGACACAAAAAUAGAUGAGAUUACCGAGUUUAAUGGAUUUCCAGAGGAGGUUUGGUAA